UUUUUUUUUUCUUCUUCUUCUCUAUAAAGCCUCGAAUCAAUCUUUUCAUUGUGCUUGUUCAUCGGAAUUGUUAGAACCUUUUGUUGCUUAUAUGCUAAUUUUUCCUUAUAUGGAUUUCGCUGGAUUGCUUUUCCCCCGUUAAUUUCCAUUUCUAUACACGAUUUCCCCUUUAAAUGAUUCUGCUCCUGCAGAUGAUUUCAAGCAAACGAUUAUCAGAUGUCUAACUUUUGUGAACAGUAUCGAAUUUUUUCAUGGAGUUGGUCAAUUGAGUUGUAAGGUGGUUGGGAUGAUCUAGGGUUUUGAUUUGACAUAGAGACAUCAAUAGCAACGACUUAAUUAUGAGGUUUUAAUAAUUUUAUUGGGUUUAUAUCAAGUUGUAACCUUUUUUGGCGGAUUCAAGGAAGGUUUAAUGUAAUAUCCGAUUUCCUUUUUUCAAAGAUUGUUUUGCUAAUAUCCUCCAAAUGACGAGGUUCUUAACAAAGUGAGAGGUUGUUUGUGCUUAUCUGCAUUGCAAGAACAGAUGACAAGAGGAAAUGGUGUUGGUGUCAAGGGAAAUAAGCGGAGAAAGAUUCAGCAAAGAGAACAGGACUCAGAGGAGUCAGAUGAGGAAUAUAAUGUGGCUGAAGAUGAAGAUAGUGAUGAGUCAGAUGAGUGCUAUUCCUUAGAUGGUGAUGAAUCAGAAGAGAUAUUAGCUGAUUUUGGAAAGUCACGGAGGGUUGCUAGAUCAAGAAACACCCGGAGGACUUCUGCAGGUAGGAAGGGGAAUGAGAUAGCAAAGCCUCGUAAGAGGAGAAGGGUUUCUUAUACAGGUGAUGAUGAUGAUGAUGAUGAUGAAGAUGAUGAUGAAGAGUUUAUGUCUUUGGGUAAGAAAGCUAAACGGAUAAAGAAACCUAGGGAAAAGAAGAGGGUUUCAUAUACAGAAGUGGAUGAUGAUGAAGAGUUUAUGUCUUUAGGUAGGGAAGCUAAGCGGAGGGAAAAGAAGAGAGUUUCAUAUACAGAAGAUGAUGAUGAUGAAGACUUUGGAGAAUUUAUGUUUUCAAGUAGAAACCAGAGAAAUAAGCCUCGGGAAAAGAAGAGGGUUUCUUAUACAGAAGAAGAAGAAGAAGAUGAUGAUGAUGCAGGAUUUAUGUCUUCGGGUAGGGAAAGUAGCCGGAUAAAGAAGCCUGUGGAAAAAAAGAGGUUUUCAUAUACAAAAGAUGAUGAUGAUGAGGAGGAGGAGGAGGAUGAUGAUGACUAUGCAGAAUUUGUGUCUUUGGGUAGAAAGAGAAACCAGAGACAGAAACCUAAGGAAAAGAAGAGGGUUUCAUAUACAGAAGAGGAUGAAGAUGAUGAUGAUGCAGAAUUUAUGUCAUCAGGUAAGGAAGGUAAACAUGUAAAGAAGCCUAGGGAAAAGAAGAAGGUUUCAUAUACAGAAGAGGAUGAUGAUGUAGAGGACUAUUUGGAAUUCAUGUCUUCAGGUAGAAAGAGAAGCCAGAGAAAGAAGUGUCACGAAGAGAAGAGGGUAGAGCAUGAGGAUAAUGAUGAUGCAGAAUUUAUGUCUUUGGGUAAGGAAUGUAACCAGGUAAACAACCCUAGGGAAAAGAAGAGGGUUUCAUGUGCAGAAGAGGAUGUUGGUGAUGAUGAGGACUAUGCAGAAUUCGAGUCCGAGGGUAGAAACCACAUAAAGAAUAGGGUUUCAGAUACAGAAGAGGAUGAGGAUGAUGCAGAAUUUAUGUCUUCAGGUAGGGAGGCUAACCAUAUAAAGAAGCCUAGGGAAAAGAAUCGAGUUUCAUAUAGAGAAGAAGAAGAAGAAGAAGAGGACUAUGCAGAAUUUGUGUCUACGGGUAGAAAUAGAACCCAAAGAAAAAAGCUUCAAAAGAGGAUUUCGGAUACAGAAGCAGAUGAUGAUGAUGAUGAUGGUGAUGAUGAUGCAGAAUUCAUGUCUUUGGAUAGUGAAGCUAACAAGAUAACGAAGCCUAUGGAAUUGAAGAGGGUUUCAUAUACAGAAGGGGAUGAUGAUGAUGAUGAUGAUCUUGGUAAUGAUGAUGAUGAUGAAGAGUUUAUAUCUUUUGGUAGGGAAGGUAAACAGAUAAAGAAGCCCAGGGAAAAGAAUAUGGUUGCAUAUAAAGAAGAGUAUGAUGAUGAUGAGGUUGAUGAUAAGGAAGAUAACCAGAUAAAGAACCUUAAGGAAAAGGAAAGUGUUUUAUAUACAAAAGAGGAUGAUGAUAAUGAUGAUGAGGGAGAGUAUGCAGGAUUUGUCUCUUUGGGUAGAAAGAAGCCUCAAGAAAAGGAGAGGGUUUCAGACACUGAAGAUGAUGAUGAUGAUGAUAGAGAGUUUAUGUAUCCAGGUGAGAAGGUAAACCAGAAAAAGAAUCUUCGUGAGAAGAGGAAGGUUUCAUACACAGAAGAUGAUUCUGACUUUAUUUCCACAAGUAACAAGUCAAACCCAAUAAAUGCCCCUCAAGAAAAAAGUAGGAUUUCAUCUGAAGAAGACAAUCAAGAAGAAGAAGAUGAAAACGAUGCAGAAUUCAAGUUAAGUGAGAGUGAUUUUCUUGAUGAUGAAGACGAAACACCAAAGAUGAAAAAACCCGAGAAACCACCACAAAAAAAGAGUAUCCGUGGAAGACAUAAAAAGACGAAAAAGCCCACAAGGCCAAAACAAAGAAACCCCCGAAAGGUAGCUUCUACCAAAGACAAAAAGACGAAAAAACCCACACCAGAAUCCGAUUCAGAUUUUGUGAGUCCUCCAUCAUCCGACCAUGAAUACACCAUCUCAGAAGAAGAAAGAGAACAAAUGAGAGAAGCAAGAGUAUACUGUGCAAAUCUAAGAGCUAAAUUAAGAAGCUCCUCCUCCCAAAAUCAAGAAGAAACCCAAAGAAAAAAAUACCCAAUAAGAAAAGGUAAAGAAAAGCUAGAAGAAAACACAAAAGACGAAAUAGGAAAACAAGUUUGUGGAAUCUGUUUAUCAGAAGAAGCAAAAAGAACUGUCAGAGGUGUCCUAAAUUGUUGUCGCCAUUACUUCUGUUUCUCAUGCAUCAUGGAAUGGUCAAAAGUGGAAUCCCGUUGCCCUUUAUGUAAACAAAGAUUUUCAACAAUCACAAAAGCUGCAAAAUCAGACACUGGAUUUGACUCAAGAACAGUUGUCAUCCCUGUUCCUGAAUGCGACCAGGUAUAUGAGCCAUCUGAAGAAGAGUUAAGGGGGUAUCUUGACCCAUACGAAAGUGUGAUAUGUACAGAGUGUCACCAUGGUGGGGAAGACGCAUUAAUGUUGUUAUGUGACAUAUGCGAUUCAUCUGCACAUACUUUUUGUGUUGGUCUAGGAAGGGAGGUUCCGGAAGGAAAUUGGUAUUGUGACGGCUGUAGGCCGACUGUUUUCGGUUCCUUAAAUUCAUCAGAUCCUUUACCACCAUCUUCUUCCAGAUCUCCCAUUCCCGGAGGUUUCGAUUUAAACGAAUUAUAUGUUCCCGAAACGCCCCUCACACAACAACAACCUCAAUCUCAACAAACACGUGUUUUGGUUUUACCUGAACCUGGUGAUUUUACACCUGCUACUACUUUAAGAGAUAGGAGGAGAAUACAUCGCCAAAUACAUCAUCGGUUUUUGAAUAAUAACAGAAUGAAUGAUUUAGUGAAUCGAAAUGGAGGAAGAACUUCUUCUUCUUCUGCUUCAGGGAUUAGGUUAUUUGGGUCUCAACUUGAUCAACCUCAAAGUCAAAGGGACAAUCAUGUUGGUGUUGGUGCUGACGUGUCAUUGGAAGGUGAACAUGGUGGGCCCGGUUUGGGUUUGGGUUUUGAUUCGAGAUUGGGAUUUGGACAGCUCCACCCUUGUACAAAUAGAUCCAGCAUUGCUUCUGAUGCAUGCAGAGAGGUUGUGGGACCCUCGAGAACAUCGCAAGGCGGUUUUCAUGCACCAUAUUAACUAUAUUAUUAUAUACAGCUGUCAAAGCUCAAAUUUACUUGAAAUGUUUUUCAAAAGCUGUAUAAAAAAAAAACAACCAUUAUUUUUCCCAGUUUGAUUACCCUCCCCAACCACCAAAAUUCAUUAUUCUGUUUAUCAUUUAACACCAUUUAUACAGGUCAACCAUUUUGAUAAAUAUCUCAUGUGUACGUCGUGCAGUGGAA